AUGCUAGGAAAAUCAGCAAAGUUAUUUCCAAAAUAUGGAAAAAUAAAAAUGAAUUGGUCAAAAGAAAAUUUAUAUAAUAUGACAAAAAAAAAUAUUCCAAUUCAUGGAAAAACACUGUAUAAACAAAUGUGGUCUGCAAAAAGAGAGACUCGUGCAUACCAUGGUGAAACGCUUCGUGAACAUCAAUGGUUACGGCUCUUUAGUAUUGGUGAAGUAGAAAAAAGAAAAACAAAAGAAUUAUCUGCAGAUAAUACCUAUUCAAUUCUAGAAAGACGGUUAGAUACAGUGAUUCACCGUGCAUUGUUUGCAUCUAGUGUUAAACAAGCAAGGCAAAUGGUAAUUCAUGGAAAAGUAAAAGUAAAUGGAAAAAAGAUAACUGAUCCAGGAUACUUCUUAGAACCUGGGGAUAUGUUCAUUGCAGAUGCAUCUACUGUUAUAAGGAAUACAGGCUCUCCCGAAAUGUUUCAACAGAAAUCUUCAAAAGAGAUUCUGCCAAAUAAAAUUGAACGAUUUAUACCACGACCGUAUAUGGGUCCGUUUGCCUUCAUUCCAGCAUAUUUAGAGGUAUCUUAUUUAACAUGUUCUGGUAUAUAUCUUCGUCAUCCUAUAUCACAACCAGGAAAAUCAGAAAUACCAAGUCCUUUUCCCCCUGGUAUUUCAUAA